AUGGCAGCCACUGAUCAAAAUCCAAGCAACUCUUCAGAGUUUUCCUUUGAUCUCAUCAAUCACAUGGUCUCAGUGCAGAAUCCACCCCCCAAAUUCCCAACACUUCUCUUCCAUCGGAUUCGAAGACUAUACGAAGAUCAUUACCCACCCGGCUUUCUCAGAAAGGUGAUAGCAGAAAUAAUAGCGACGUUUCUACUGGUGUUCGUCACCUGUGGAUCGGCUGCUCUGAGUAGGAGCGACGAACACAAGGUCUCAAGGCUGGGAGCUUCGGUCGCCGGUGGGCUUAUAGUGACUGUGAUGAUCUAUGCCGUCGGUCAUAUCUCCGGUGCCCACAUGAACCCGGCGGUCACCUUUGCCUUCGCCGCCGUUAGGCAUUUUCCUUGGAAACAGGUGCCAUUCUAUGCGGUAGCUCAAUUGAACGGAGCAAUGGCAGCUUCGUUUACACUUCGCAUACUCUUGCACCCAAUAAAGAAUGUAGGCACUACAUCUCCUUCAGGGUCCAAUCUCCAAGCCUUGAUCAUGGAGAUUGUUGUUACCUUUUCUAUGAUGUUCAUCACUUCUGCUGUUGCCACUGACACCAAAGCUAUAGGAGAGUUAGCUGGGAUAGCGGUUGGUUCCGCAGUUUGCAUAACUUCCAUCUUAGCCGGACCAAUAUCAGGUGGAUCCAUGAACCCGGUGAGGAGCAUAGGUCCGGCAGUUGCUAGCUCAAACUAUAAGGGAAUUUGGGUGUACGUGGUUGGACCGGUAACAGGGACGCUUAUGGGAGCUUGGUCCUACAACCUCAUCCGGGUGACAAACAAACCUGCCGACGAUUUCUCUCCCAGAUCGGCGAAUUCUCUCAAACUUCGUCGUCGGCGAAAGAGCAACGACACCCCACCUAUUACACAAAAAGAUACUAUAGAUCCAUCAGAUACCGUAUAG